UUGCCCCUUCCCGACAGCCACACAGACAUGAAUACGGCACUAAUGCGGCAUCAUCCGUUUUGUUUCUCAAGUAUUCCGUACUGUUGUUCGCUUGCAUGUGGGUCUUUGCGACCAUCUCGGAAUUGUUCGUUCUUGCAGCCUUUGGCCACUUCGGCCCAAGAGGGACAGCAAGCGUGGCACCGACGGUCGAGAAGAGAGCGGGCAUCGGGGCCAAGGCAGGCACGAGCAGUCCUACGUAGGUUCUUGGUGUGCGCUUCGCUGGAGGCAGCGUUCAGGACUUCGCACGCAUCUUAGCCGAGCGCGCUGCGCAGUUGCCCAAGGAUCCCAAUGGGCCUUGGGGGUGGCCGAGCGUCCGUAGCUGCGCGCGCGCUCGCUCUCGCAGGCAAACAGAGCCGGUAUGCCGAACAGAAAGCUCGUUGGCUGUAAGUAUGCUGCACUUGCCCUGCCCGCAAGUAUGAUGGUAGUUGCCAGUGCAGCGAGCAGCACACCAGCCAGAACAUGAGCCACGGGCUUGUUUUGCAUUCAGUCGCAGCGCACAAUGAUCCCGUGCCAAGUGCUGUUACCUGCAAGUAAGGACGAUGGAACAUCGCUUUGCGUGUGACCCAUUCGUUGAGCGAGGCGGCCAACUAAUUGUGGGAAGGGGAUGCGGGCCGCCCGAACGAGGCCAGAGAGCAGAUGGGGCUGGAGGAUCGCCGACGCACCGGCCAUGCGGCGCGAUCCAGGAGCUCGUUGGGCUUCUCGCAGGCAUCCUCGAGGAAACGAGGAGGAGGAGCCCCUUGCGCGAGAGGACGCCGGCUGCCCGAUGGCGCUGAUGGACCUGUGCAACCAGCCCGGGGUGUCCGAGGCGCGCAAGGGCAUCGCCCGCGACAUGAACAAGUUCCUCGCCAAGUUCCCCGAGCUCUUCUCCUUGGAGGACGAGGCCGUGGUGGCUGGCCAGCCGCCCAAGGGCAAGCUCGUCACGCUCGUGGGAACACCGCCUCCGCGGCUCGGCAAGGGCGCCAAGCGGCACGCGCCCUGGUCCUCGCCGGUCGCGCCUGGCGUGCCCGCGCAAGCCGAGAACCCGAACUUCGCGCCGGAGAUGGUGGAAGCGAAGAGGGAGGAGGUUCUAGAUGCGAUCAUAGAGUUGCUGGAGGUGAACGGUGGCGAGAUGACCCUCAUUAACCUCGGGCAAGACAAGCGCAUCGGCGAGUUGAAGAGAGGGGUCGUCAACAACCUGUCGAAGUGGUUCUCCAAGAUCUCCUCGUCGUCCGGCAUCCUGGAGCUCUUCGACGGUGCGCCGGACGAGGAGGGCAAGCCGCCGAUUAAGAUGGUCAGGCUGGCGGAUGACUGGCGCGAGCGGCUGAGCGCGCAGCCGCCCGCCAAGCGGCCGCGCGUGGGCGAGGCUCCUGCACUGGCGGCCGGGGUGAUGCCGGACCCGGAGGCGACGACCCAGGCAGUAGAGCAACUGGGCCAGCACGUGCAGGAGCGGCUGUCAGAGGUGGGGUCCAUCAGGCUCCAGGACCUUGCCGAGGACGCGUCCGUGAAGGACAUUCGGAAGGACAUACCCAAGAGGCGGAAGCUCGCGGAGAUCUUGAGGUCGCUAUCCCAGGGCAGGCACCCCGCCGUCCCUGGCCCCGGCGCCUUCAUGCCCGCCCGGGCUGUGAUGCGCCUGAGCUGUCGCGCCAGCCAGUCGGCCGCCUCUGCCAAAGCUUGUUCUUCAGGUGCUUCCUUUGCCUUGCUCAUCUCCACGGUGUGCCACGCGUAG